UAUUCUAUUAAAGCGGUUAUUGUCUGUAUUAUUAUUCCCCUGGCUCUUGCAGUGAAAUCACUUCGCUCAUGAUGAACGGGUGCGCGCAGAUGUGCAAGUGUUUCCUGAUCCUGUUCAACAUCCUGUUCGCUCUGGUGGGGUUCGGUCUGGUGGCUCUAGGAAUGUGGCUCCGGUUCGGAGCAGAGACCCGAGGGUUCUUCGACAUCAAUCUGAGCACUGCUCAGUUCAACAUCGGAGUGAUGGUGCUGGUGGUCACCGGGGUCCUGAUGCUGCUGGUGGCCAUCAUCGGUGACUGUGGUGCCUGCAACAACAGUAAAGCAGCUCUCGGUGUGUUUUCUGGCCUGCUGACCGUUCUGAUCAUCAUUGAAAUCGCAGCCGGUGUGAUGGCCUUCAUGUGGAGCGACCGGGUGUCAGGUGAGUUGGUGAACUUCUAUGCCACAAUCUACGCUCAGUAUCUCAACACCAGGAGCCCCGCUCAAGCCGUCACCCUCGAAUUAUUCAACAACGCUUUUGACUGCUGCGGUGUCGGUGGACCGAUUGAAGUGUUUGUGCGAGACACCUGUCCAAAAGCCAGCUUCAUGGAGAAGCUGAUGUAUUCUAGCUGUCCCAUCAUGAUCAAGGACGUCUUCAACUCAAAUGCUCCGCUGGUGUUGGGAGGGUUUCUGGGGACGGCAGGAAUCAUGACACUGGCGCUGGUGUGCAGCUGUGUCCUCCAAAGACAUGUUUCAGUGUCUCAUGCUUCACCUCCUGCAUAUGUGCUCCUCACCUCCCCACCGUCAGCCGCCAGGAUGAUAUAACCCUCUCUCUCUCUCUGUCUCUCUCUCUCUCUCUCUCUCUCUCUCUCUCUCUUUCUCUGUCUCUCUCUGUCAUCCAUCGGAUGGAGGUUUGGAUACUUUUGUCAGUCUAAGGUCAAAGGAAUCACACCUGAAUGUGUGUUUGUGUGUGUUGUGCAUUAUCUACAACUGAACUGAAUGCCUUUAAAUCCCAACUCGUUUCUUCAGUCUAAUCUAAGGCCACAAACAGGAUGCAGAAUUCAGUUUAAAGUGGAAUGAAUUUGACAGAAAGGGAAAACUGUUUUGCUGUAGUUUGUAAAGCUUAAUUUCAUCCGUCAGCAUGAAUCACUCAUGAACAUGUUUAAACUCAACUUAUGGGCUGUUUAGACUUUUUGUUUUAUUGCAAUAAUAUUGUGGAUUGAAGUAAUUUCUUCAGUUCUGAAUUCUGCACGACAAUGUUAUGCUAUAACUCACUGUCUGUUACCAUGUCGUCCUGAUAUUUAAUUGUCUUGCUGUACAAUUAAAAUCUGAAUGUUUCUCGUUUGUUUUUUACUGAGACAUUAAAGUUUCACAAAGCCA